ACCUAUAAGAUUGUAUUGGUGCCUGCCAUGAAUUAAAUCAAAACCACUCAUAAAUGUCUUUGAAUGCAACCUUUCUGGCCUUUUCCCUUGAAGUUGUUCAAUUUUUCUGCUGCGUUUCUACUCGUGCACUUACGGUAGAUCGCCACACGGAAGCGAGGUUCAAGCUAGCCAGAAACAGGGAUGUAAAAUUUUCUAGUGCGUCUAUUCUUUUGAUAUUUAAAAAAAUCGGUGCAUGGAAGCAAAAUUGUAUUCAAAUUUCCUCUUCGCAUAUUGUUUUGUAUGACUUAGCAUGGCGUCGUGCAUUCCGUUUCAAACCCAGCUGUCUUCAAUAAUGGAGGUCCUGGUGAAAGCAGCGGUGGCAGAGAUAUCCAAACUAGUCGAUGACAAAUGUGCGUUUUUGCACCUUGAAAUCUCCCGAAAGCAAAGCGAGAAUGAGAUGCUGAAGAGGAAACUGCUGAUGUUGGAGGGUAAAAACGCACAGCUGCAGCGCGGCUUCGAAAACUACAUGGACAGAGGAAGUGAUGCUGGGACAAACUGCCCACAUCCCAUAGGGGACAUGAAGUUUCCUGACAUAGACGAUGCUGCUGUUUCCUUCACAAUUAAACAAGAGGCUUCAGAUGAACCAAUAUGGAUCAGUGAUUCUGCUGCAAUUGGGUCUGCUGUUCAGUACCCUCCGAAUAACCCGCAGUUUCAAGAGAACCAUUCGGACAUCACCAGGCAAAAGACGUUGGGGUACAGUGAGACCUAUAACCCGGGUCACCACGCGGGAGACAUGGCCGCGCUUCAGUUCACAGUUAAGACGGAGAAGGAAGAGAACAGGUCCGGGUUCGGUCAGGAUGGAUGCCAGCACAGCGCCGGGAAGCAGAGUCAACUCGCUGCUGACUUUUCCAUCGACGAACGAGAGAAUCAGCUGUGGUCUUCUAUAAUCGACGGUGACGACAUUGAUGCGGGUUUUCCUGACUUCUCCAGCGUCGUGGACGAGUAUUCCAACACAUUCCCAGACGAUUCGGACUCCCAUUUGAUAUCUAACGCCAGUAAGUCCUCCAGUGUUCAGCAGUCGUCCUCGCAAAGGGCGUGCAACGGCAUCUACAACAGCGAGUAUCAGAAGGACGCUGCGCAGUCGUCCGGUUUCCAGCUGAGGUCCCAGGGCGUGCUGACGCAGCAGGACCGACAGAAGGAGCCGAUUCUCUCUCAGAGAAGCCUCCCGCAUGGUGCGGAUGUCGCGCAGCCAGAGGGGAAUCCCCAGAACGAGGCCGCGGCCGGAGAUAAAGCGGCGGCGCCCCUCUCGCACGGCGCGUUCACGCCCGGCGGCUUCCACCCCCACCGGCCCGGCGCCGGCGCCGCCCGCGGCUACUCCUGCUCGCAGUGCGGGAAGGCCUUCGGGCGCCUGCACCAGUUCAAGGUGCACCAGCAGAGCCACAAGCGCAAGCGGGCGUUCUGGUGCACGGUGUGCGGCAAGGGCUUCCAGUGCUCGUCCCACCUCAGCAUACACCACCGCACGCACACGGGCGAGAAGCCGUUCGGCUGCGGCCAGUGCGGCAAGCGCUUCACGCAGCAGAGCAGCCUGAGGGUCCACCAGCGGACUCACAGCGGGGAGCGGCCCUACAGCUGCUCGCAGUGCGGGAAGACCUUCAUCCUGAUGCACCACUUGAAGCGACACAGGAUCAUCCACACGUACAGCUGAGGUGGAGAGAAGGAGGAGGGGGGGGGGGGGAGGGGGGCGACGCUGAAACCAAAUCACAAAGCCAGUCAGUGGCAGCUCUUUUCACCAGACUUUGGAAACGUUUCUCUCGCAGACGCUGUAUAAUAAUGCAUAUGUUGCUAUGCAAAUCCAUCUGGAUGGAUGCUAAGACCUUUGUUUCUUAUGAAUCCGUGUCUUAAAACUACAGAAGCGAAACUACACUGCACCCUCAAACGGUCACACACACGUCAGUAUUUUUUGAACCCUUUUACAGCUAGAAGUCCAAAAAUAAGGUCAAAAACGCGAGGUCAUCGAGUCACCAGUUUUAGGGAAUCCUGUUUUACCGUACUCUGUUUUACUCAUCUCAACCAUCGGACGUUUCCACAAUGGGCUGCUCAGCGGACUGAAAAGUCGAGUGAAUGUGAAAGGUCUUUGAGGCAAACCAGCACAUGACUCUGACUUGAGACGCCGGGAGACGGCUUGGAUUUGGUCAACUCAUGCUAUGGAUCGUUAGUAUAAAGCAGUGUGCUGAACAUUCAGCCUGGAGCAUUUUGUUUUUUAGCUCUUGCUGAUUUUUGUAUUUAAUGAGUAAAAUAAAUAAUGUUGCGUUUGUUACAUGAAA